ACGAAUUUGGAGAAUUUUUUUUCUCUUCUUUUCCAUCAAAGUUCGUUGUCCUCUCAACAUUUCUUCGCUUCCUCAAGCUUGUUCCUCGCAUGCGUGUAAACUGAGAAUUUACCAAGUUUUUGUUCUUCUCACGAUCGAUUGAUAAUAUAAUUGCAUGACGCGCAUGGAGGAGUCGAGUUCUUGAUCGAUCGAGCGAGCGAUCGGUCAAAACAUUCGGAAGAAAUCGUUGACGAGGCAAAGCGAUCCAGGAGAAGCCAUUCGAUCGGAUUUGCGAGAGAGAUCAUGCACAAGCGAUCCAAAUCCUGCGAGCCGUCCAGCGAGAUGGACGAGCGCCGCCGCCGCGGCGGCGUCGGCGGCAAUGGCGCGACGACCUGCGACGACUCGGCGUGCGGCGCCAGGGCGGCGGCGUCGUCGGCGUCGUCGUCGUCGUCCUCGGCGACGACGUCGCACUGCUCCAGCGUCUCCGUCUACCGCGCCAAGAUCAACGGCGCCCCGCGCCACGUGACCGCCGUGUGGCACCGGACCCUCAUCAACCAGUCCUUCACCAUCUCCAUCGACGGCGGCGGCGGCGGCGGCGCCGGAGCCGGGGACGACGGGGCGCUCAGCCACAAGGUGGAGCUGAAGCCGUGGCCGUUCUGGAGCAAGAGGGGCGCCAAGACGCUCGACGUCGACGGCGACCGGCUCGACAUCGUCUGGGACCUCCGGUCGGCCAAGUUCCCGGCGAGCAGCCCGGAGCCCGCCGCCGGCUACUACGUGGCGCUGGUGAGCCGCGACGAGGUCGUCCUCCUCCUCGGCGACGGCAAGAAGGACGCGUUCAAGCGGACCAGGUCCCGCCCGUCGCUCGACGACGCCGUGCUCGUGUCGCGCCGCGAGAGCGUCUCCGGCAGGCGCACCUUCGCCGCCCGCGCGCCGCUCGCCGCCGGCAGAAAGGACCACGAGAUCGUCGUGGACAGCGCCAUCGCCGGGCCGAGGGAGCCGGAGAUGCGGAUCACGGUGGACGGCGUCGUGCUGGUGCACGUCAGGAGCCUGCAGUGGAAGUUCAGGGGCAACGAGACGGUGAUCGUCGACCAGUCGCCGGUGCAGGUGCUCUGGGACGUCCACGACUGGAUCUUCGCCGGCGGCCCGGCGGCGCAGGCCGUCUUCGUCUUCAAGCCCGGCGCGCCGCCGCCGGGCGGGGACAGGUGCGGCCGCCGCGGCGGCGCCGGCGCCGGCGGCAUCGGCGACGAAGGUGGCUACAGCUUCUUCCUCCAGGCGUGGAAGACGGAGUGAGGUCAUGGGCAUGAGACAGGGUUUAAUUUGCAGGAUGUUUGGAUCGAUUUGUUUACAUGAAAUCAAAAAAGCUUAUUCGUUUUUUUUGCAA